AUCCCUGCAAUCAGUUGAAAUCAAAUUUGUCCACUCUCGCUGCUCCAUAAUGUGUGAGCGUUGUCCACACGCUCACUCUCGCGAACAUCACUGAGCUGAUAUCUCGUUGUGUAUCAACACUCGAGACUCUUUCAAAAGCGCUUCUGCAGUCUUUCCCGCACAGUAGUCAAUCCAAAAAUGUCCAUCUACAACCUCUCGUCCGACAAAAACGUUUUCACACCUCUGCAACAACAACAGCACUCUUCUCACAAGGCUGCAGUCAUUGAGCCCGCAGUUCCCUCAAACACACUCAAUCCAUACCCCAUCUCUCCCACCCAAAGAGUGUCUCUUUCCAACUUACCACCACCCACCUAUCAGUGUCGCCCCUACCCCCACUAGGCAAAGACACACGAGAUAGUCCCAGAAAUCCUCAAUCGCGCAAUGAGAUAGA